GACCGAGCUGUCCCUGCCUGCUCUGACCGUCGCUCCCACUCUUCCCUCUGCCGAGGAAAACUCCAACCUGCCGAGAUGUGCAAAGGAUUAGCAGCGCUGCCCCAUACCUGCCUGGAGAGGGCCAAGGAGAUCAAGACCAAACUGGGCACACUGCUCCAGAAGCCUGACUCAGCCAUCGACUUCAUCAUCCCCUACCCUGAGAAGCCAGAGAAGCCACCCAAGGCCCAGAAGCCAUCUCCGGAGGAGGCUCUGCAGUGGCGCGACUCCCUGGAGAAGCUCCUGCAAAACCCUUACGGGCUCGCCAGCUUCCACAGCUUCCUGCGCUCCGAGUUCAGCGAGGAGAAUGUUGAGUUUUGGGUGGCCUGUGAGGACUACAAGAAAACCAAGUCCCCCGUGAAGAUGAUGGAGAAAGCCAAGAAGAUUUAUGAGGAGUUCAUUCAGACGGAGGCACCCAAAGAGGUGAACAUCGACCACUUCACCAAGGCUGUGACCAUAAAGAACCUGGUGGAGCCAUCACCCAGCAGCUUUGACAUGGCCCAGAAGAGGAUCUUUGCCCUGAUGGAGAAAGACUCCCUGCCCAGAUUCGUGCGCUCAGAGCUGUAUCAGGAGUUAAUCGAGUAGCAAUGCAGCAGGGCUGGGCAAGGCACUCCCUGCAGGCACAUUCCCUCCCAUUGCUUCUGUCUCAACACCUGCCCCUCCUGCAGCUUCUUUUCUUUCCUGAUACCACCCUAAAAGAGCACCCAGGGGUGUUGCUAAACAUCUUCCCCCAUGUUUUGGAGCAUCGGAUGUCCUGUUGUUUCCUCUCUUUCCUCUCACACACAGAAAACCCAAUUAACAGAAACCCCUGGUGCUCCUCCCUGGCUCUGCAUCCACAGCCCUGCAGCCACUGGGAGCCCUUGGGGCAGCCAGGGUGUCCCUGGCACUGUGGGGUUGGGAUUGAGCUUGGCCCAGACUCUCUCCGUCCUCCUGCCUUCCCUGGGGAUGCACAGGGCACCCUCCAGACACUGCCCUUCCCAGCCAAACCCAGCAAUCCUGCAGCCCUGGGGGGCAGGUGGGUAUCUCCACUGUGGGUUGGGAUCAGGUUUGGUGGGUAUGUCCACUGUGGGUUGGGAUCAGGUUGUCCCAAAAAGCAGGCAUAGCAAGGGCUGGAUGGCAGAGGUGGCUGCAGGACCAGGAGCAGCAGGUUGCUCCUGGCUGGCAGGAUGGGUGGGCAGCCAUGGGACAGCCUCUUUUGCAUCACUCCAAAGACAGGAAAGAGGACCAAACAAGAUCCAAAACACCAGGACUGUUUUGCAACCCAGACCUCCUGCUCCCUCUGCCCCCCUUCCAUGAUGCACUGAGCCUGCAGCCCUUGUGCCUGCAUCCUCUGUGCCUGCCCAAAGCCCUCUGCACCACUGCUGUCUGGCCCUCUGCUUGGAUCCAUCCCAGGCAUGGAUCCCAGCAGCCAGACAGCCCUUCCCUCUUCCAGUUGCUUCUCUCUGCAGUAGGCAUGCCAAAGUGAUAGAGACUUCUGCACAAACCCAGUCAAGGAGCAUCGAUUAGAGGAGGGAGGAAAAUCAGGCUGGGGGGGGGUGUGGAGCUGAUAAUUAAAUUAUUCAGAUCCAAUUGAAAAAAAAAGCACAAAAAACACCCCCUAAAAAACCCACAAAACAAAACACCAAACCAUCGUUGGGAAAAAAAAAAAGAAAAAAGAAAAGAAAAAAAAAGGAAUAAACCCCUGUCUUCUUGAACAGAUGGCAAACUGCUGAGGUAGUGUAGCCCACAUCUCUCCUGUCUCCUCCUAUCUGCCCAGGAUGUGUUUCCUUGGCUCUG